AUGAGCGCUGAGAACAUGGAGGUGGGAUGGUUACGAUCCCAGGAUUCUGCAGUCGUGCACCUGUACCAUGAUGGGCAGGAUCAGUAUGGAGAGAAAUAUCAAAGAAGAACUGCACUCUUGAAAGAUGACAUCACCAACGGGAGAGUUUUCCUGAGAAUACGCAAUGUCCAACCCUCUGAUGAUGGGCAGUACAUGUGUUUUUUUCAGUCCAGUGUCUCAUAUGAAGAAGCUUUAUUGGAACUGCAGGUGGCAGAUAUGGGCUCUGCUCCUGUCAUCUCUGUGGAGGGACAUCAGGACGGAGGGAUCCGGGUGAUAUGUCGAUCAUCCGGAUGGUACCCAGAGCCCGAGAUGAUGUGGAGAAAUCUCCAGGGGCAGCUCUUACCAUCGACCUCUGAAGAAAUAACCCCACAGGCCAAUGGCCUGUUUCAAACAGAGAUUGUCAUUGUUCUAACAGAAGAGUCCAACCAGAAAGUGUCCUGCUGUGUCAGGAACCCGCGACUCAACCAGGAGAGAGAGUCAGUGAUUUCCGUAGCAGAGCCAUUUUUCCCAAGGGUCAAUCCCCCAAAAGUGGCUCUCUGGGUGAUCCUGGCUCUCCUGGCUGUUCUCAUGGCCCUGGCCGGUUACUGCUUCUGGAGGCGACACAGAGCAACAGAGACUCUGCGAUCUGAGAUGGAGAGCGAGAAAGAGACCCUGCUGUCUGAACGGGAACAAGAGAAAGAGACUUUGCGAUCUGAGAUGGAGAGACAGAAAGCGGAAUAUGAGGCAGUGAAAGAACUAGGACUCGCCAGAGCCCGAGGAUAUGCAGUGGACGUGACUCUGGAUCCAGACACGGCAAAUCCCUGGCUCGACCUGUCUGAGGAUCGGAAACGUGUGAGAGACUCCGACACAGAACAGGAUCUGCCCGACAACCCUGAGAGAUUUGAUUAUUGUGUCUGUGUCCUGGGUGCUGAGGGGUUUGCGGGUGGGAGGCGUUACUGGGAGGUGGAGGUGGGAGACAAGACGAGAUGGUACCUGGGGGUUUGUAGGGAAUCUGUGAGCAGGAAGGGGACGGUCACAUACACACCUGAGGAUGGAUACUGGGCCGUGUGGCUGAGGGGUGGGGAAUACGAGGCCGGCACCUCCCCCUCGACCCCCCUCCCCGUUAGCGUCAGGCCCAGCCGGGUGGGGAUUUUCCUGGACUAUGAGGCGGGCGAGGUCUCGUUUUACAAUGUGACUGACAGGUCCCAUCUCUUCACUUUCACUGGCACCUUCUCCGGGACGCUCCGCCCUUAUUUCCGUCCUGGUGUCAACGCUGGGGGUACAAACGCGGCUCCCCUGAUAAUCUGCCCGGUCCCAGCUCCGGCCGGAGGGAAUCUCGGUCCCUGACAGUGACCCCGCGGCACAGACUGGCCCCUCCCAGCCCUGCUGCUCUUCCCGCCCCCUGGUGGUGGAGGCCGGUUACUGCAGGGAACUGGAUU